AUGGUGAGGUCUCAGGGCUAUGACAAAAUUAGUGUCAAAAGGGGUGUUUGGAGUCCAGAAGAAGAUGCAAAGAUAGUUGCAUUUGUGUCAAAGCAUGGACCUAGUAACUGGACUUCUGUCCCAAAAAAAGCGGGGCUCAAGAGGUGUGGAAAGAGUUGCAGGUUCCGGUGGACUAAUUAUCUCAGACCUGAUCUUAAGCAAGACACGUUUACAUCCCAGGAAGAAGAUCUAAUCAUUAAGCUUCACGCAGCCAUAGGAAGCAGGUGGUUCAUAAUAGCCCAGCAACUCCCUGGGAGAACAGACAAUGAUGUGAAGAACUACUGGAACACAAAGUUGAAAAAGAAGCUCUCUCAAAUGGGAAUAGACCCUGUUACUCAUAAGCCAUUCUCAAAGCUAAUUGCUGAUUAUGGAAACAUUGAGGGUUCUCAUAGCCAAAAACCAACUAACCAAACUAGCUUUAUCAACAACAAAGACUUAAAAAGAAGUUCAAUUCUCUUAAAUCCAGAGCCAUACCAAACCCUGAAACCACAGGGGAUUAUAUCUAGAAUCACUAAUAAUAAUAAUAGCCAACAACAAACCCUGCAAAUGGAACCAAUUACUGAUAAGACUAAUCUUUCAUUUAACUCCUUAACGGAUCUUACAAUGAUGCCAACGGUGAUAGGUUCAAGAGAUUGUGGCAUAAUGACUGAGAAUGAGACCAUUACUUCUUCGUCUUCUUCAAGUUGUUCCACUCCAGAUCAAGACGCCUCGCCGGUGGCAUCACAUUUCCGUUGGAAUGACUUCCUUCUAGAAGACGCCUUUGUGCCAACUGCCGAUAACAAUGAUCAAGAAAUGGUGAAGGCUGGUUUCUUGUCAAAGGAGUUACUUGUAUGCCGAAUUGAGAAUGUGUCCCGACAAAGUUGGAACAACAAAGAAGCAAGGUCACAACAUGAAGCAAUAAGCAAUGACUUUCAGCUCUCGUCAUCAUCGACGUCAUCAUCUUCCUAUGAAACUUCGUUUGUAGAAGCCAUGCUUGAUCAAGAAAAUGAGAUGUUUCUGAACUUUCCUCACCUAAUGGAGGAACCAUCCCACUACUAA